CUACUAGGACGAGUAAAAUAGUCAGUGAGGUGUUCUCUCAUUUGUGUCUGAAAGUAGCAAGCAAACCUCGCCAAUGGUAGCCAGUUAGCUUGGGUGCUUGACUGCCGUUGAGGUCCGAACGAUCGGAUCAACCCUACUUCUAGCUUGCUAGCUACUUCCAGACAAAUGAGAGAACACUUCACUCUGACCAUUUUACUCGCCCUAGCAGGGCUGGUUUCGUGUUAUCCAGAGCGUUGGCGACUAACUGCGCAGAUGGCAACAUUUCUAUUAUGCCUUUUUGCCGUUUACUGAUACCAGCCAUAAUCAACUGGUGUUGAGCGUCCGUAAAUGCAUCACUUAUUCUGCGCUCUGGCACACCCAAAUGAGUGUUCUGAAAUCGGAGAAGAUAGCCAUACUAGCCCUAUUGUUCGUAAAUUCACUAUGGAGUGCCAGAGAGCGCUUGUAAACUCUGAGCGUUUCGCACUCUGAACGCUCUGGCGGAGGAGUAGGGUUGAUCAAAGUGUUCUGACCUCACAACGGCAGUCAAGCACCCAAGCUAACAGGCCAAAGUGGUUCGAGCGUUGGGCCAAAAUCAAAUCAAACUUUAUUUGCCACAUGCGCCGAAUACAACAAGUGUAUAAUUUACCUUGAAAUGCUUACUUACAAGCCCUUAACCAACCAAGAAGAAGAAAAUAUUUACUAAGUCGUCUAAAAUAAAAACAAGAAUAAUAAAAAGUAACAUAAUAAGAAUAACGAUACUAUAUACAGGGGGCACUGGUACCGAGUCCGUGUGUGAGGGUACAGGCUAGUUGGGUUGGGUUUUCCUUUGACAAUUUUAUGGUGAGACAGCGUAGCCUAGUGGUUAGAGUGUUGGACUAGUAACCGAAAGGUUGCAAGAUUGAAUCCCCGAGCUGCCAAGGUACAAAUCUGUCAUCAGGGGCAGUCAUUGGUUAUAAGAAUUUGUUCUUAACCAACUUGUCAGGUAAAAUAAAAAGAUAUAUAGGUCCUGGGUGGUUCAGAGGAAAGCCCAUAAAACUAUUCGCCGAGCAGUUGCAAUACCAGGUGGUGACAUAACCGGUCAGGAUGUUCUUGAUGUAGAAAUCUUUGAGGAUCUGGGGACCCAUGCCAAAUCUUUUCAGUCACCUGAGGGGGGAAAAGGUUUUGUCGUGCCCUCUUUAUGACUGUCUUGGUAUGUUUGGACUAGAGGUCGACCGAUUAAUCGGAAUGGUCGAUUUUAAUUAUGGGCCGAUUUCAAGUUUUCAUAACAAUCUGUAUUUUUGAGAGCCGAUUUGCCAAUUUUUUUUAUUUAUACCUUUAUUUAACAAGGCAAGUCAGUUAAGAAUACAUUCUUAUUUUCAAUGACGGCCUAGGAACGGUGGGCUAACUGCCUCGUUCAGGGGCAGAACGACAGAUUUUCACCUUGUCAGCUCGGGGGAUCCAAUCUUGCAACCUUAUAUUUAACUAGUCCAACGCAAAAACGACCUGCCUCUCUCGUUGCACUCCACAAGGAGACUGCCGGUUAGGCGAAUGCAGUAAGCCAAGGUAAGUUGCUAGCUAGCAUUAAACUUAUCUUAUAAAAAAUUAUCAAUCAUAAUCACUAGUUAACUACACAUGGUUGAUGAUCUUAUCUAGCGUGUCCUGCAUUGCAUAUAAUCUGACUGAGCAUACAAGUAUCUAAGUAUCUGAUUGAGCGGUGGUAUGCAGAAGCAAGUGCGUAAACAUUAACUCAAACAGCACUUUCGUGCGUUUUGCCAGCAGCUCUUCGUUGUGCGUCAAGCAUUGCGCUGUUUAUGACUUCAAGCCUAUCAACUCCUGAGAUGAGGCUGGUGUAAUCGAAGUGAAAUGGCUAGCUAGUUAGCGCGCGCUAAUAGCGUUUCAAAUGUCACUCGCUCUGAGCCUUCUAGUAGUUGUUCCCCUUGCUCUACAUGGGUAAUGCUGCUUCGAUGGUGGCUGUUGUCGUUGUGUUGCUGGUUCGAGCCCAGGGUGGAGCGAGGAGAGGGACGGAAGCUAUACUGUUACACUGGCAAUACUAAAGUGCCUAUAAGAACAUCCAAUAGUCAAAGCUUAAUGAAAUAAAAAUGGUACAGAGGGAAAUAGUCCUAUAAUUCCUAUAAUAACUACAACCUAAAACUUCUUACCUGGGAAUAUUGAAGACUCAUGUUAAAAGGAACCACCAGUUUUCAUAUGUUCUCAUGUUCUGAGCAAGGAAUUGAAACGUCAGCUUUCUUACAUAGCACAUAUUGCACUUUUACUUUCUUUUCCAAAACUUUGUUUUUGCAUUAUUUAAACCAAAUUGAACAUGUUUUAUUAUUUACUUAAGGCUAAAUUGAUUUUAUUAUAACUAAAUGUUCAUUCAGUAUUGUUGUUAUUGCCAUUUACAAAUACAUUUUAAAAAAUUGUCAGAUUAAUCGGUAUUGGCUUAGUUGGUCCUCCAAUAAUCGGUAUCGGCGUUGAAAAAUCAUAAUCGGUCGACCUCCAGUUUGGACCAUGAUAAUUCGUCAUCUGUGGAUCUUUUGGGGCAGUAUGCGAAUUGGAGUGGGUCUAGGGUGUCCGGGAGGAUGCUGUUGAUGUGAGCCAUGACCAGACUUUCAAAGCACUUCAUGGCUACCAAUGUGAGUGCCACGGGUCUGUAAUCAUUUAGGCAGGUUACCUUCGCUUCCUUGGGCACAGGGACUAUGGUGGUCUGCUUGAAACAUGUAGGUAUUACAGACUAGGUCAGGGAGAGGUUGAAAAUGUCAGUGAAGACAAUUGACAGUUGGCCCGUGCAUGCUUUGAGUACACGUCCUGGUAUUCCAUCUGGCCCAGCGGCUUUGUGAAUGUUGACCUGUUUAAAGGUUUUGUUCAAAUCAGCUACCGAGAGCGUUAUCACACAGUCCUCCAGAACAGCUGUUGCUCUUGUGCAUGCUUCAGUGUUGCUUGCCUCGAAGCGAGCAUAAAAGGCAUUUAGCUCAUCUGGUCGGCUCGCAUCACUGGGCAGCUCACGUCUGGGUUUCCCUUUGUCGUCUGUAAUAGUUUUCAAUCCUGCCACAUCUGACGAGUGUCAGAGCCGGUGUAGUAGGAUUCAAUUUUAAUCCUGUAUUGACGCUUUUCUUGAUUGAUGGUAUGUCUGAGGGCAUAGUGGGAUUUCUUAUAAGCGUCCGGAUUAGUCUCCCACUCCUUGAAAGCGUCUGCUCUAGCAUUUAGCUCGAUGCGGAUGCUGCAUGUAAUCCAUGGCUUCUGGUUAGAAUAUGUAUGUACAGUCACUGUGGGGAUGACGUCAUCGAUUCACUUAUUGAUGAAGCCGAUGACUGAGGUGGUGUGUUCCGCAAUGCCAUUGGAUGAAUCCCGCAACACUUUCCAGUCUGUGCUAGCAAAACAGUCCUGUAGUGUAGCACCCACGUCAUCUGACCACUUCCGUAUUGAGCGGGUUACUGGUACUUCCUGCUUUAGUUUAUGCUUGUAAGCAGGAAUCAUGAGGAUAGAAUUAUGGUCAGAUUUGCCAAAUGGAGGUCGGGGAAGAGCUUUCUAUGCAUCUCUGUGUGUGGAGUAAAGGUGGUCUAGGAUCCCCCCGGUUACACAAAAUUUGGUAAAACUGAUUUAAGUUUGCCUGCAUUUAAGUCCCCGGCCACUAGGAGCGCCGCUUCUUGGUGAGCAUUUUCUUCUUUGCUUAUGUCCUUAUAGAGUUGGUUGAGAGCGGUCUUAGUGCCAGCUUCGUUUUGUGGUGGUAAAUAGACUGCUACGAAUAAUACAGAUGAGAACUCUCUUGGUAGAUAAUGUGGUCUGCAGCUUAUCAUAAGGUACUCUACCUCAGGCGAGCAAUACCUCGAGACUUCUUUAAUAUUAGACAUCAAGGACCAGAUGUUAUUGACAAAAAGACACACACCCCCACCCCGCGUCUUACCAGCGGUAGCGUCUCUGUUUUGCCGGUGCACGGAAAAUCCCGCUAGCUCUAUGUUGUCCGUAUCUUCGUUCAGCCACGUCUCGGUGAAACAUAAGAUGUUACAGUUUUUAAUGUCCCGUUGGUAGGAUAAUCUUAAUAGUUGGUCAUCAAUUUCAUUUUCCAAUGAUUGCACGUUAACAAGAAGCAUGGAAGGCAUUGGGAGUUUACGCGCUCGCCUCAGGAUUCUGAGAAGGAUCCCGAUCUGGGUCCCCUUUUCCGGCGGCUUCAUGCAAAAAGUGUGGAUCUGGGCCUGUUCCAAUGAAAGCAGGAUAUCCUUCUCAUCGUACCCGUUAACCUCUAGUGACACCCCAUCCCGUCUAUGUACCACCACAAAACGAAUUUGUCAUCAUCUGACACUAAUUAGCAUAACGCAACUGACAUAAAUAUUAUUAGAAAAUAUUCUUAUUCAUGAAAAUCCCAAGUGAAAUAUAUUGAGACACAGCUUAGCCCUUUGUUAAUCACCCUGUCAUCUCAGAUUUUCAAAAUAUGCUUUACAGCCAAAGCUAGACAAGCAUUUGUGUAAGUUUAUCGAUAGUCUAGCAUAUCAUUUUGUCCAGCUAGCAGCAGGUAACUUGGUCACGGAAAUCAGAAAAGCAAUCAAAUUAAAUCGUUUACCUUUGAUGAGCUUCGGAUGUUUUCACUCACGAGACUCCCAGUUAGAUAGCAAAUUCUUGCAAAAUUAUUUUUGUAGGCGAAAUAGCUCCGUUUGUUCUUCACGUUUGCCUGAGAAAUCGCCCGGAAAUUGCAGUCACGAAAACGGUGAAAAAUAGUCCAAAUUAGCUCCAUAAUAUCGACAGAAACAUGGCAAACGUUGUUUAUAAUCAAUCCUCAAGGUGUUUUUCAAAUAUCUAUUCGAUAAUAUAUCCAUCGGGACAAUUAGUUUUUCAGUAGGACCGAUUGGAGUAAUGGCUACCUCUGUAUUUUACGCGAGCAUCAGGUGACCACUUGCGCAAUGUAGCAGCCUACGGGUAUUCUUCAACAUAAAUGCGUAAAACUACGUCACAAUGCUGUAGAGAAAGAGUAAUCUGGUUGAUAGCCCAUUCACUGCUCAAUAGGGACACAUUGGAACGCAGCGCAUUCAAAACAUGAGGCACUUCUGGAUUGGAUUUUUCUCAGGCUUUCGCCUGCAACAUCAGUUCUGUUAUACUCAGACAAUAUUUUUACAGUUUUGGAAACUUUAGUGUUUUCUAUCCUAAGCUGUCAAUUAUAUGCAUAUUCUAGCAUCUUGUCCUGACAAAAUAUCCCGUUUACUACGGGAACGUUUUUUUUCCAAAAAUGAAAAUACUGCCCCCUAGUCACAAAAGGUUAAAGGAAAAAGUUUCUUCCAGUCCGCGGUGAGUACUCGCUUUUCUGAUGUCCAGAAGUUAUUUUCGGUCAUAAGAGACAGUAGCAGCAGCAUUAUGUAGACAAUACUUUAAAAAUAAGUUACACACAACUAAAAAAAGAAAUAACAAAAUAGCACAAUUUGUUGGGAGAAUGUGAAACGUCAGCCAUGUUCUUCGGCGUCAUUUUUCCAUUUUUGGGAAAGGUUGCUGGAUCGAAUCCCCGAGCUGACAAGGUAAAAAAUAUGUUGUUCUGCCCCUGAGUAAGGCAGUUAACCCACUGUUCCUCGUGCACCGAAGACGUUGAUGUCCAUUUAAGGCAUCCCACCAGCACCUCUCUGAUUGAGGUUAAAUGCAGAAGACACAUUUCAGCUGAAGAAUAGGCCUAGUCUUAGGGAUGCCGAAGAAGUUCCAGGGUGAGAACUCCAAGGCAGUCACUGCCAAGGCCCGCAAGGCAGAGGCCAAAGCAGUGGAAGACGCCCGCAAGAAGAAGGAGCUGGAGGAUGCACUAUGGCAGGAGAACGACAAACAUGUCCUGAAGAAAGAACAGAGGAAGGAUGACAAGGAGAAAAAGCGCCUUGAGGCCCUGGAGCGAAAGAAGGAGAACCAGCGGCUCUUAGAUGAGGAGGCUGCAAAGAUUAAGGGCAAGGCCAAGGAGGCUGCUGCUGCUGCUGUGGUGGCAGGCAAAGUGACUCGGGCCCAGAUUGAGGAGAUGCUGCAUGUCGAGCAGCAGCUACAACAGCAGGAGCAACCCAAAGAGAAAGAGAAGAGCCACCUGGAGACGCCCCUGGAGGAGAACGUGAAUCGCAUCAUUCCUGAGGAAGGUGUUGUGGAGGCUAGAACCAUAGAGGAUGCCAUUGCCAUGCUCAGCACGGCUGAAGAGCUCGACCGCCACCCAGAGCGCAGGGUGAAGGCAGCGUUCGCCGCGUUCGAGGAUCUGAACAUGCCCCUUCUUAAAAAAGAGAACCCCAACAUGCGGCUGUCGCAGCUCAAGCAACAGCUGAAAAAGGAGUGGAUGAAGUCGCCAGAGAACCCCUUGAACCAGCGCUUUGCCAACUACAACACAAAGUGAACCAACUCCAGCAGCAGCUAAAAGAAAACUGUUUACCUAUGCACAUUGGACCUUACAAUGGAAGAUGCCCCCAACCUAUAAUUAUUCCCCCAUUUAUGAAUGUGUUGCUGGAAAAGCUUCAUUCAUUCCCUAGGAAGGACCUCCGAUGCAAGGAAUCACCUUGGGACUUCCGCUUGUUUCGUUCCGAUUUGACAAGGAAAAGCAAACUCUCAACCAAUGUUCCUGAUGAUUUUAUUUUACUGUGCAUGUCCACUUGUGAAGCAUCUCGGCAGUUUAUGGAUUUUAUUCCCACUGUCAGUUUUUGGCACUUAUGUUGAAAAGGGAUUAAAGUAAUUUAUUUCAGUUCACAAUACACUAACAUAUCUAAUUCUUUCUGAGAAUGAGACUACAGGUAUGAGAUCUGCACUCUUGCCUAUUGUAAUCGCCUCUAUUAAACCCCCGAUGAUGAUGAUAAUAACCCACGUAAGAAAAUAUCAUGACCAGAGCCAGUUGUUGACUUACAUUUACAUUUACAUUUAAGUCAUUUAGCAGACGCUCUUAUCCAGAGCGACUUACAAAUUGGUGAAUUCACCUUCUGACAUCCAGUGGAACAGCCACUUUACAAUAGUGCAUCUAAAUCAUUGUUAUGAACUGCCAUUUGGGCACCAUUGGAAAUGACCACCCCUUUCCCUAUGAUAAAGUGUAUUGUGGCACUUGUUCCCCAUCCUAACAAGGCCUUAUUAGGUGCACCCACUCAAUACAUCAAUACUGUUGUUGCUAAUCCUGGUAUCAUGCAAUAUUAGGUCUGAAUCCUGCAUCUGCUUUCAGGUUACAUUGAAUUGUAUGGAGAUUGUUAUUGCUUUUUUGUAAGUGAAAUUUGAAAAGACUACAAAAAAAUAUUUAAAAUCUCAAAUUCAUGUAAAUCUAAAUACACCCCCCCCCCAUACAGCUCAUCACAUCUCUUGUCAGUCGUGUUUUAGGAGCUGCAGCUAAGAAGUGUCUCCUAACGCCCACCACUGUUUCAACAGCACAAUCCUUUAGCACAAGAGGGUUUUUAAAAUUCACUGCAUUUUGAUCUACAUUCAUUUCGCCACUUAAAUAGACUUUCAGCCGUGUGCAUGUGCCUUCCAUUAGUGCUCGUUUUCAGCCAGGUUUCCAUCUGAAGAGGAUACUGAAAGUGUUUCUCUGUGUUCUGGUUCUCUGUCUUUCUCCCAAAGUGCAGACAAGCAUUUACUGCACUGCUGGAGCUAGAAACAAGUCAUGUGUACGCGACUAAACUCUGAUUUGAAGUGCACACAUGUUCACUCCCUUUCAUAGAUUUAAAAUGAAUAGACGAGUGUAAGGAAUACUUGCACAAAUCCAGUGCUUUUAAACACAAUGGAGUCAACAAGUGCACACUUACAGUAAAAAGGAAGGGAAUUGGAAUUCAUCCAUGUGACUCAUCUUUUGUUCCCAGUGGCCCCUGAAUUUGACUCUCAUGCUAUGCCACUGGAUGACACUCAGCAGACUACACUCACAUCCUCAUCCAUUUAGUUAAUUGCUGAUCUAUAAGAUAUCUUAUCAAUUUUAUAUUUAUAAGGUGGAAUCGGCUGUUGGCAUUUAUACAAGAAUACAGUAUUGUUGUAGCCAUGCCUUUUACUCUGCUACAAUACUGUUAUAGAUGCCAAUACCAGACAGGUGUAAUAAGUAACUGUGGAAACCCUCUUAUCCAAGUAAAUCUGCAUAGGUAGUGUUUCUUUUUAGUUCAAAUGAAAGUUGUAACUGAGAGGAUGACCAAUAAAUCUCAUUACCAUA